GCAUUCGUUAGUGGCUUGGGAGCGAUAAAAGCUAUCGCAUCUUAACUCUCUGGUUGCCGGUAAAAUUAAGGAUUUUGUGCGCGUUGCCACGAAUAAACUAGUUUUUUUUGACUUUUAUGCGUUUUUCAUUAAAUAAAUUAAAAGUUUUCAUUAAGCAUGGAUCCCAUGAAAGUUGAAGUGAAAGAAAUUGAAACUCUGUUUCAAUUAGAUCCAUAUUUGAGACCGCAUGAACGGGAAAUACGCAGAAGAAAUGGAGUACUCCAAGAAUGGAUUGGCAAAAUUGAUAAACUUGAAGGUGGUAUGAAUACAUUUUCACAGGGCUACAAAUAUUAUGGUAUACAUUUUCAACCUGAUAAUUCUGUGAUAGUGCGAGAGUGGGCCCCAGGUGCGACUGAUGUAUAUCUUACGGGUGAUUUUAAUAAUUGGCAUUGGAUAGAUCAUCCGCUCAAAAAGCUCGAUUUUGGAAAAUGGGAAUUACAUUUACCAGCCAACCCAGAUGGCAGUGCGCCCAUAAAGCAUAUGAGUGAAGUAAAAGUGAUCAUACGUAAUCAAUCUGGUCAACUAGUGGACAGACUUUCACCGUGGGCGACAUAUGUGCGUCAACCACCAAAAGAGGCUAAUCAAGGUGUAAAUUAUAAGCAAUAUGUUUGGCAACCGCCAGAAAAUGAAUGCUACAAGUUUCAACACCCACGUCCAAAACGACCCAAAUCAUUGCGCAUUUAUGAGUGUCAUGUAGGUAUUGCCUCACAAGAACCAGCUGUCGGUUCCUAUCGAAACUUCGCUGAUAACAUAAUACCACGCAUUAAACGUCAGGGCUAUAAUGCUAUACAAGUUAUGGCCAUAAUGGAGCAUGCUUACUAUGCUAGCUUUGGUUAUCAAGUGACAAGUUUCUUUGCUGCCUCAAGUCGUUAUGGCACACCUGAGGAACUAAAAUACAUGAUAGACAUUGCACACGCUAAUGGCUUAUAUGUACUAUUGGAUGUAGUGCAUUCACAUGCCAGUAAAAAUGUACAAGAUGGUCUGAAUCAGUUUGAUGGUACCAAUAGUUGUUUCUUUCAUGAUGGCGGACGUGGCGAACAUUCCCUAUGGGAUAGCCGGCUCUUUAACUAUAUGGAAUAUGAAGUGUUGCGCUUCUUAUUGUCAAAUUUACGUUGGUGGCAUGACGAAUAUAAUUUCGAUGGAUAUCGUUUUGAUGGUGUAACAUCUAUGCUGUACCACUCCCGUGGCAUUGGUGAAGGAUUUAGUGGAGAUUAUAAUGAAUAUUUUGGUUUAAAUGUGGACACCGAUGCAUUAAACUAUUUAGCCUUAGCAAACUAUAUGCUUCACAUGCAAAAUCCUGAAGUUAUUACUAUAGCAGAGGAUGUUUCUGGUAUGCCUACACUAUGUCGACCAGUACCCGAAGGUGGUAUCGGUUUCGAUUAUCGUCUUGGUAUGGCUAUUCCUGAUAAAUGGAUUGAGCUUUUGAAAGAGUUUAGCGAUGAUGAAUGGGAUAUUGGUAAUAUCGUGCACACAUUAACUAAUCGCCGUUGGAAAGAAAAUACAGUUGCAUAUGCUGAAUCUCAUGAUCAAGCUUUAGUAGGUGAUAAAACAAUUGCUUUUUGGUUAAUGGAUAAAGAAAUGUAUACGCAUAUGUCGACAUUAUCGGAUUCAUCAUUAAUUAUUGAUCGAGGCUUAGCUUUGCAUAAAAUGAUACGACUUAUCACACAUUCAUUAGGUGGAGAAGCCUAUUUAAAUUUCAUGGGCAAUGAAUUUGGACAUCCGGAGUGGUUGGAUUUCCCCCGUGUAGGCAAUAAUGAUUCGUAUCAUUAUGCACGUCGUCAAUGGAAUUUAGUUGAUGAUGUCCUACUCAAAUACAAGUAUCUAAAUGAAUUUGAUCGUGCUAUGAAUGAGUUGGAAGCUAAAUAUGGUUAUCUGCAUUCCGAUCCAGCUUAUGUAAGCUGGAAACAUCAGGGUGAUAAAAUAAUUGCAUUCGAACGAGCUGGACUUGUAUUUGUAUUUAAUUUUCAUCCAACACGAAGUUUUACUGGUUAUCGUGUGGGCACAAAUUGGGCUGGCACUUACCAAGCAGUCUUAUCAUCCGAUGAUGAUAUCUUCGGUGGCCACAACCGUAUAGACAAGAACUGCAAGCACAGUACCAACCCAGAAGGUUAUGCCGGCCGCACAAAUUUCAUUGAGGUUUAUACGCCAUCGCGCACAGCUGUAGUUUAUGCACAUAUUAGUGAUUAAUGUUUUGUAGAGAAAUCGAUUUUUGCGAAGAACAAAUUUAUAUAAAGUUAAGUGUAUAACAUAUUGUUAAAAUAUUAUU